AUGAAUACCAAAAUCUACAAGAAGGUUCUUCUCUUUCUUGUGGCUCUAGCAGUUGGAAGUUUGGCUGGUAGUGGAAUCUUAGUACUCAUUCCAGAGGGUUUUCAAAUUGCUGGUGACCAUGAUAAAAAACCGGAUUAUCUUUGGAUGGGAACCACCAUCAUGGGAGGCAUCUAUCUUUUCUUUUUAAUUGAAAGAUUUCUCAAGUUAAUUUUGCAAUGGAGAAAGGAAAUCAUUUCAAAGAAUAUCAUUGGAAAUUGUGAAGUAAACUCAUCUAAACCAAUUCAAACUGUUGCCUGGAUGAUCAUCUUUGGAGAUGGUCUUCAUAACUUUAUUGACGGCCUCUCAAUUGGUGCAGCAUUUACAUCCAGUAUUAUGACUGGACAGUAUACAAAGCAAAGGAAAAGGACACAAUCUCUCUCUCUCUCUCUCUCUCUCUCUCUCUCUCUCUCUCUCUCUCUCUCAAACCACAAGAUGCCAUAG